AUAAAAAAGUGGAUAAAGUACAGUUUUGCGCUGUCAGUGCAAUGACAAGGAAAAUAAGGGCGUUUUCUUCAGAAAUACUCGACAGUUCAUCAGCUGCGAUUGAGUUCUAGCAAGUGUGGGUGCUUUGGUUCCAUUGUAACGGUUUAUCAAGGGCUGCUGGUACCUUGCCUCUUCUGUAAGAGAAGAGGGGGUAAGAUCUACUGAAACAACAGCCGCUGGAACUGCACCGGGAAAAAUGGCAGGAAGGAGACAGGCAUGUUGUUGGAAAAGCUGCAGCCGAUCGGGUCCUCCAUUCCCAAGGGGAUGGACAAUCAGACUGUUCUGGCUGUACAGUCUCUGCUGGACGGGCAGGGAGGAGUUCCAGAUCCCAGCAACCAGAACGGGACAGGAAAUGCCACCAUACAACCUAUGGACGACGAGGAUGUGUUCCUGUGCGGAAAGUGCAAGAAGCAGUUUAACUCCCUGCCCGCCUUCAUGACCCACAAGAGGGAGCAGUGCCAGUCUAACGGACCCUCCCUCGCCACCGUUUCCCUGGCCUCCAGCAACGCCUACACCCCCGUGCCCUCCAUCAGCUCCGUGCCACAGACCCCCGCCAACCGACAGCAGGUGUCUACCUACAUCACAGUGCCGCAGUCCCCACUCACCCACACCCUGGUGCAGGGGAACGUUCUGGUCAGCGAUGACGUCCUGAUGUCCGCCAUCUCGGCGUUCACCUCCAUGGACCAGCCUAUGGCCGCCAUGCAGCCCCCCAUUCAGAGCAACCUGAGCAUGCACACAGGGUCCUCGUACCUUCAGCACCAUCAGCACCCUUCCCACCCGCUCCCGCCCGGCCAGACACAGCCGCUGUCCUCCCAGGUGCAGUCCAGCAACAGCAACUCCGUCGUUCAGGUCUACAGCACACUGCCCCCUAUGGCCGGGGGUGGAAGUACAGAGGUUCAAACUCUGGGGCUGCAGCCAUUCCAGCAGGUGCAGAUCCCAAGUCAGUGUGUGGACAGUCCGCCCUUCACCACCCCACCCGUGUACAGCCCGGGAAAGCAGGGCUCCAAAACGAAGACGUGCAGCAUCACGGCCAACCUGGCUGAACUCGGGGACUUCCACAAGACGGGCCCCCAGAGGCGCGCCAAAAACGACAGCGGAAACGGACAGGAGGUGGGACAGGUGAAGGGGAAAGCCCAAAAGCUAAAGUGCAACUUCUGCGAAAAAACCUUCACCAAGAACUUUGAUCUCCAGCAGCACAUCCGCAGCCACACCGGGGAGAAGCCCUUCCAGUGCAUCGUGUGCGGCCGAGCGUUUGCGCAGAAGUCCAAUGUGAAAAAGCACAUGCAGACGCACAAGGUUUGGCCGUCGGGCACCGUCAGGACCGUGUCCCGCCUGCCAAUCACCGUCAAAGUGGUACCGCUGUGUGCCGAGGAAGACUCCGAGCAGCCCGGCGAGGAGGAGGAUGACCCAGGGGAGCUGGUGGAGAGGGAGGGGGAGCCGCACACUGAGGUGGAGGGGCAGGGCGACGCAAAGCAACCUGGGAAAGCAAAGAGCAAGCAGAUCAUCCUGAUCGACAGCUCAUACCAGUGCCAGUUCUGCGCCGGGAAGUUCAGCACCUACUUCCAGCUAAAAUCUCACAUGACCCAGCACAAGGACGAGCAGGUGUAUAAGUGUGUGCUGAAGUCCUGCUCACUCACCUUCCAGAAGCUGGACCUGUUCCUGGAGCACAUCCGCACGCACCAGGAGCAGCUGACCUACCGCUGCCACCUGUGCAGUAAGGUGUUCCCCUCUCUCUUUGAGCUGGGGGUGCACCAGUACUCCCACAGCUUCUGUCCCCAACAGAGCCCCCGCAAGGAGCCCACCUUCCACAGGUGCAUUAAAUGCCAGAGCAGGUACUCCACACAGGAAGCCCUGGAGCAACACCUCCAGACUGCCUCACACAACUUCCCCUGUCCGCACUGCCAAAAGGUCUUCCCCUGUGAAAGGUACUUCAGAAGGCAUCUCCCCACCCAUGGCAUCGGCGGGAAGUUUAAGUGCCAGAUCUGCAAGAAGUUCUUCAAGACAGAGCAUUACCUCAAACUGCAUACUCGCAUACAUUCAGGCGAGAAACCCUACAAGUGCACCGUGUGCGAGGCCACCUUCAACCGCAAGGACAAGGUGAAGAGGCACAUGCUGAUCCACGAGCCCUUUAAGAAGUACAAGUGCCCUUUCAGGACUCACGUUGGAUGCACUAAAGAGUUCAACAGACCAGAUAAACUCAAAGCCCACAUACUGUCCCAUUCCGGGAUCAAGCCGUAUAAGUGCCAGUUCUGCCAGAAGGCCUUCAGCCGUCGAGCCCACAUGCUGGAGCACCAGCGCUCGCACACCGACAACUACCGCUUCCGCUGCCCCGCCUGCAACAAGGGCUUCACCCGCCAGAAGUACUACAGGGACCACAAGUGCCCGCAGGCCCGGGGCGGCGAUACCACCGCGGCCGACAAGAGGUCCGGCCGCAGGAGGCCGGGCCAGGGCAGGAGCGGGCCAGUCGCGGGGGUGGGGACCAUCCGGGAGGAGGCGGGAGAGGGCAGGAGGGUGACCGAGAUGGAGGAGGUGCAAGCAGAAGAAGAGGAGGAGGAGGAGGAGGAAGAGGAGGAGGAGGAGGAGGAGGAGGAAGAUGAGGUGGAAGAAAGUAGCGGGGACCCGCAGGUGGUGCUGUCGGCCGUCGGGGAGGAGAAGGAGGGCAUGGGGGGAGAGGAGGAGGAGGAUGAGGAGGAGGAACGUGAUGAGGAAGACCAGGAGUGUGCGGAGGACCCGGGGCAGAGCGGGCAGUUGCUGACCGUGCCGGUGUACAUAGAGACCGUAGACUGAACGCAGCUGAUCGGAAGCUGGUGCUGCUCAGGCUUGGUGGGUUUCCCCGCUGGUCCAGGGUCUUACCGUGAAGGUGCGCUGCCCUUGGACUGCUUCCACCCCAGGAUAUCCUGAGCCGGCUCAAACUGCUACACCAAGGCUGGGGCAGUCCUGUUCCUGGAGGGCUACUACCCGCUUCUGGUUUUAUUUUCCACCAGUCACCCUGGUGACUAAUUGGCUGUGCACACCAAAGCCAGACCUGUCAUUGAGUAGGCAAAAUCUUUUAUGUAAGGGCACCCAACAGGCUUCAACUGUCCUUUUAGGUUAAGAAAUGUGGAUGGAACAAAAGCUUGGCAAAUCAUUUGGUUAAUGAACCGAUGACAGGGAAGAAGCUGGUUUGACAUCAAAAACCAAUGCAGUGCUGUGACGUCACUUCCUGCACUCGCAGUCACUUGAAGUCUUGUAGGGAGGGCCCAUUGUACUUGAAGUUUACUUACGUGCACUCCUUUGGGGCCAAAUUUGCUGCUCUAGGCAUUAGCUGGGCGUGAAGGCCGGUACUGGCAAGUCAUAUAGGCAAAGGAAUGAGAGGCAUCUUGGACUAUGAUGGUUUCCUGUGGGUUUCUGUUAUCAGAAGCAUUUUGAGCCAAAGGGAUCAAAUGGUACUAAACUCCUCAGCUGUUUUAUAUUAAAACGUUACAAUUUCUGUUGACACCAGUGAGAUUAUUCUGGGAAACUAUUUCUGAAAUUACCCGAGCCUCCUUCACAUAGAAAUUGCAAUUUUCUUCCCAUUUACAUCGCUGCUACACCACUGAUGUAAAACCUUUGUGAAGAACAUUCCAGAUUUAACUGCCAUUGAGAUGUCAUUUUGUCCAGAUGAUGUUGUAUAGUACAAUAUAACUAAAUUAACAGCAUGCAUUUAAAAUGUUUGCAAUAAAGAUAUUGACCAA